AUGUUUGGGAGAAAGGCCAGAGCAGACCGAAUUCAACCCAGGACAUGUGUGAUUGUGCUGUGCUUGUUGAGGCUGGCUGGAGGCGCCAGUCUCCCCGGUGGAAAGCUCUCCUAUCCCGGCGCCUGUCCAAACCAGCUUAACCCCAACCUGUGGGUGGACGCACAGAGCACUUGCGAGAGGGAAUGCAACGCCGACGAGGACUGUCAGAGCUUUGAGAAAUGCUGCACCAACGUGUGUGGCCUGAAGAGCUGUGUGGCAGCGAGGUUUGCGGACGGCAGCUUGGCUUCCUCGGACCUUCCCAAGGAGGCGACGUGUGAGAGGAUCGUGUGCACCCAGCAAGGUUCGGAGUGCGAUAUCUGGGAUGGGCAGCCCGUCUGCAAGUGCAAGGACAGGUGCGAGAAGGAACCGAAUUUCACCUGUGCCUCGGAUGGCCUGACCUACUACAACAAGUGCUACAUGGAUGCCGAGGCAUGUAUCAGGGGCAUCAGCCUGACGGUAGUGACCUGCAGGUAUCACAUCAGCUGGCCCAACACCAGCCCCCAGCCGUUGGAAACCACGGCCAACCCAACGUCCACAAGCUCGCUGGAAGACUCCAUCCCCCCCGCCCUCUACACCAACCCGUUCCACCAGUCCGUCUACAUCGGAGGCACCGUGAGCUUUCACUGCGACGUGAGCGGGCGUCCCAGGCCAGACAUCACCUGGGAGAAGCAGAGCGACCACCGGGAAAAUAUCAUCAUGAGGCCUGACCAGAUGUACGCCAACGUGGUGGUCACCAAUAUCGGCCAGCUGGUUAUUUACAGCGCACAGCAGGAGGACGCAGGGAUAUACACGUGCACGGCGAGAAACGCCGCAGGCCUCCUGAGGGCAGACUUCCCGCUGUCAGUCAUCAAGCGAGGACAUUUGGGAGAGGGCACAGCCAGCAAAGGCCAGCCUCUACCGUCCGGAGAGUGCUUUAAGGACCCGGACAAGAGGGAGUGUGGCCGCCAACACGUGCGGUGGUUUUAUGACCACAAGAAGGGCACUUGCUCGACCUUCGUGUCUGGUGGCUGCAACGGCAGCAAGAACCAGUUUGAGACGUACGAGGAGUGCAGGUUGGCCUGCGUCAACGAGACGGUCAACAUCUGCACCUUUCCAGCUGUGCAGGGCCCUUGCAAGAUGUGGGAGGCCAGGUGGGCUUACAACUCCCUGAUGAAGCAGUGCCACGCUUUUGUCUACAGUGGCUGCGAGGGGAACAAGAACAAUUUUGAGAGCAAGGAGACGUGCGAGGAGACCUGCCCUUUCCCCAAAAACCAGCAGUGCAAAGCCUGCAAGCCUCGGCACAAGAUCGUGCCCAGCUUCUGCAGAAGCGACUACGCCAUUGUGGGAAGGGUGACCGAGAUCAUUGAGGAACAAGACUCGGGAGUGGCGAGGUUUACACUGGACGAGGUGCUGAAGGACGAGAAAAUGGGGCUCAAGUUCUUUGACUUCAAGCACUUGGAGGUGAUAAUGAUAAACAUGGACUGGAACUGCCCGUGCCCUAACAUAACCCUGACAGAUGGGCCCCUCCUUAUAAUGGGCGAUGUCCAUGAUGGGAUGGCAGUGCUGGGUGCCGAGAGCUACGUGCGGACUGUCAGUGACAAACGCAUUAAAAAACUGCAUGAAAUCAUUGAAAAGAAGACUUGUGAACUCCUGCAUCGCUUCCAGGAUUAAA